AGCAUCGGUGCAAGACUCAAGAGGCGCGUGAUCACCGCCUAUAGUUCUCUGUCAGUUAAUUUUCCCGCUCUGUAAAUUAGGGCAUCAAAAAAACAGAAUUUCUUAUUGUCUCGCUAGAAUUAUUUCUCAUUUUAUGCCAUGGAAAUUCUCCUUGGCUAACCAGUCCAUAAUGUUUUUAAUGAAUAUAAUCUACCGCAAGCUGUCUUCUCUGUUGCAGCCAUGGCUGCAAGACGAGCCAGAGCUGGAGCUAAAAUUAGGGUUCAUAAAAUCUCACGCGAUUUUGAAGAAUCUUACCCUUAACUCUCUUUGUAUCAAUCAAUUGCUAGAUGAAGAGUCGUCUAAUAGCUUAUGCGUCAAAGAAGUCAAAGUCAAAGAAUUGAUACUUCGCUUCUCGCAUUGGUCUUCCACUGCAUUCUCCUUCGAAAUUCGCGGCCUUCAUGUCACACUCUCAGCUAGAGAAAUUAAAAAAGAAAGACUGAGAAAGGAUGGGAAAUCCAGUAAUUUGCUUUCAGAGGACGUUAAAAGAAGUCUUUCUGCUAUUGAUCCCGAGGGUGGUAUUCUGCAUGAUGUCUUAGAAAGGAUCUUGAGCACCAGUCCUUCAAGAAAUAGGAUAAGAACUUCUAUUUUAAAUCUUAUUCUCAAUCAUUGCCAUCUACAGAUUCCUAGCAUUAGUGUGCAAUUGCAACUCCCCUUUGUUGAUGAUUCAUUUGCAUAUAUCUUGGAAGUAAAAGAUCUAAAUACAGAGUCUCUGUAUUUUCAGCAAGGAUGCCUUCUGAGAGGAUUAGUUGGUGCUCUUUUUCGACCUCUGAAAGAGAUUUAUUUUGUUAUCAGCGCAAGAUAUUUUGAAAUUGGGUACAAGAGGAAUGAUCAUGCGAACACUGUUUGUUCUUCAAAUGAGUUGUACACUUUUAUUAAAUUGGAUGAACUUCUGCUUGUAGAUUUCCAUAUUCGUGCUUCAGUAUUAAGUCUUUUCUUUUCUCCUGUUGAUCUCAAUGCUUUUGUGUAUCUUGGUAACCUAACUUCAAAAGACUCAAAGCGCGCUAGAAAUGGUAGACUACUAUGGAAGCUAGCUUCAAGAAAAAUUGGCCUUGCAAUUUCAGCUCCUAAUUUGUCAUUGCAUAAUUUAGUUAGUCUUGUUAGUCUAUGGCUAUGUUAUGUCAACAGCUAUGAGAAUUUACUAAUCCUACUUGGUUACUCUGCUGAUCACUUGCUAAAAAGAUCUGCCGUGAAGAUGUCCCAAGAUAAAAUGUUUAUAGCUUCUGUAAAAAACAGUUGGGAGGUGAUUUCUGAUAUUGAGAAAGAGCUACCUCCUGAAGCUAUUGCACAGGCAAGGCGUAUAGCCCGGUACAAGGCUGCGUCAAAUGUUCAACAUGCUGAAGAUAGUUACAGAGAAUCCUUUGUCAUCAAUCACUUCAAAAUUUUCUGUAUGAUCCUUCCACUACUAGCAUCUAUUUGGAAAGUUAUGUACAAAAUAUUCCAUCUAAUUGUACGUUUUUUAGUUUUGUUUAGAUUUUUUAUUCAACAGUCAAAUGUGAAUCCAAGAAUGGUUUCUGAGCAUUCUUGUCCACAUUAUUGCUUCAUUCUAAACCUUGAAAGUAUUACCUUAACUGUCUAUCCAGAAAACUUAGGAGACCCAGUUAAUAAAAGAGUAGAAUCACAAACUGGGAUUUCAAGUUCAGAUUUCCUUUCCUUUUGUCUUUCAGUUGAUAGUCUGAUAUUAAUGUACAUAGAAGACAUCUCUGAAAAGUCUGUGUCUGUGUCCUGUGGCCAACUCAAGGUUAAGUCAUCAACUAAUAUCAGAGCUCCUAUCGGGAAGAGCAGUUCAAAGAAUUUUAUUGCUUCUGAGAAAGGACAUCGAAAAGGAAAAGUCAGUACUGUCAAAAGUAUUAUGUGGGGUGAACCUGCACAAAUGUUUUUCCUUUCAGAAACUAAUAAAACCAAUCCAGCUGUUCAUGCUGAAGCUGCAUUUGACCCACUUUUAGAAAAUUUUCUGGGAGAAAUGUGGAUGAAUUGGAAAAGAUCUUGCAUGAAAUUUGAAGAGAACGAGAUCGAAUAUUCUGAAAAUCCAUGGCUUCUAUGUGAGAUAAAAAGCUUUUUGACGUUUCCAGGCCAUAAGAGUCCAGAUUCUGGGUUUUGGAAAUGUAACUUGACCAUGGGAAAGUUAAAUAUAGUUUUAGGAGAUUCAUCUAUUCUAUCUUUGGCUCUUCUUCUUCGGCAGAUACAGCAUGCUGUAUGUUGGACUAAGGGCAAUGGGAGGUCAAAGAAAAUUUCAGGGUCUCCACCAACUGUUGUUGAUCGACCAGGGAUCAGUUGCAAUGAUGCAUAUGAGAGCUAUGCUAGUGGACUUAAGAUGGGCUUGCUUAGAAUACUUCCAGAGAAACAUAUUCAGAUUGGAGUACUCGUAGCAGGUCCUCACAUCCAAAUAUCAUCGGGGAAGGUGGGGUUUCAUGACAGAAGGAAAUACAUGAAUCAUUUGGGGGAUUUUCACCUUGAAUUUGAUGUCCACAAUAUUGAAGUUGUUGUUUGGCCAACCACAAAAUCUGAUUUGGCAUCAUUUACCAGAUUUCCAGGAUCUGAUGAUGCAGAAUCAGAGUGCAUCAGAUUGUGCGAACCUCAGCUGAUUGAUAUACCUAAAUCAGAUGAUGAAAAAUAUGCAUCUGAAGGGUGGAUUUCACUGUGUGCUUACCUUAGAUUUAAUGGUUUGAAUGCUUACUUGGUAGACUCAGUGGAAAAACAACACAAUCAAAUUUUAUCAUUGAAGCCAAUAACUUUCCAAUUAGCAUCCUUCAGGGAGUAUGCUCAUUCAUUAACCUCCACCGUUGUUGCCUUCUCAGUAGCUUUGUGUGGAAUGGCAACAGGGUUCACCAUAAUGUCAUUUGUGGAUGAGAUGUAUGUUUUCCUUCAGGUGGUUGUAAGCUCAUUCACUUCAGCAUCAUAUGCAUUGAAUAGCUUUGAUUCUGUUGCAUAUUUUCCCUUUCAAGAAUUUAUGGGGCAAGAUAUGGUGUCCUUGGAACACAAGAACAAGGAAACUACCGGAAACUCAGCACCCUUAAUAUGUAAUAGCAUUCUGAUUUCACUUAAUGGAACCUUUAAGCUCAAGUCAAGUGACUUAUUUUUUCAUAAUUCUAGAAUGAACAAUAAGUUGAGUUAUAGGAAAAUUUUGGAUGCUUCAAAUCACAAAAGGUUGGUCGAUGGUUUUCUUGAUUAUGGAUUUUGGAUUUCUGUACAUCCAACAUGUAUUGACAUAUCUUGUGAAGAAGGGAAAAUGGAAGUUUUCUUUGACUUGUCAGGAGUUAAGUCUCUCAUGGUCAGAUAUGAGGAUCAUAUUGGAAAGAGUUUUGAUCGCUUGGUACUUGGAAAUCUGCUGGUACAGCCACAUGAUUGCUUGCAUGAACUAUCCCUUUCUAAUUGCAUGUUUACAUUGUUGUUGAAUCGCCCUCAUGCUACCUCCUCUUUGGGUACUGUGAGAGAUGCAAUUCGUAGUUUUAGCUCAGUGGAUAAUAUAGUGCAUUCUGUGGAGAAUUCCCCUUUGAAAGGUGAGUGUGAAAAAUCAAUUGUUUGGUCUAAUCGUUUUGUUCAGAAGUUAGGAUUUACUCCUAGUACCUUCACACAAGCCCCAAGUCACUGGAUACUUGUAAACAUUGCAUUUGAUGAGGUUUUCAUGACAAGUUGCUCAGUGAAGAAUGGUCUAAUUGGAAUACAUCAAAUAAAUAAGCUUCUGUCUUCACUUUCUGUGGGGGGAGAAUUUCAAACGGCCUCUUGGACAAUCCAGGGUGGUCUUCUUUUUCUUGAAAUGAGUACUUUGCAGAUGUUUGUUCACUGCUUGUCUUCAUACGUUGAUCAGACUGCAAACCUUUUAUCUAUCUUACAAUUAUCUGCUGAACAUUUUCAAAGCACUGAAGAUGUUGUCGAUAUGAUUGGACCAUGUAUGGAUUUUAUCAAGGAAUCUGCCCAAGGAACACUUACAUCUCAAAGAACCAGAAGAGAACUGCUGGAAGCUUUUGUUGUAGAUGUGUCUCAAUUUUCUGUUGUUCUUGUAAUUGAAAAUGAAUCUGGGUGUGUUCGGGAACUUGUGCUUGAGAUUGAUGCUCAUAUGGAACUAGGGAUAACAAACUUGCAAAAGAAGUUCAAAUUUGAGCUUUCCUGCUUAUCAAUUCUUUCUCAAUUCCUUCAAGAAGGUGUGGAAAAUGAACUUCAAAUUCCCCAUUUCUCUUCUGUCACAACAAAUGAGUUGUUAUCUGGUUCUGUCGUUGGAGAAGGCACUGUAACAGCUCAGUAUAAUGAUAGGAAUCAUCCAUGUGAUGCUGCAAGUUGUUCAAAGGUUUCUGUCUUUGAGAAUGAAUUUGCCACCGAGAAUUGUGCUUCUCAAGUCUUUCACUUAAGUCAUCAAAACCAUAUCUUGAAACACCUGGGUGCAUUUAUAUUAGUUGAGAAAGUUGAGAAUAAUUGGUUCGGGAGAGGCUCUGUUUCAGGCUUUGAUAUGACAGUUUCUCUGUCUGAAUUGCAGAUGAUUCUUUCCACAAUUUCAUCUUUCUCUGAGGCAUUCAGCAGAAAAAUGGCUAGUGAAACAACAAAAAGGCUCCAUUCCAAUAAUCAAGAAGCCUACAACAGUUUGAAAACUGUGGUCCCGGAUGGAGCCAUUGUUGCAAUUCAAGAUGUACACCAACAUACAUACUUUGCAGUGGAAGGUGGAGAAAAUAAGUAUACACUUGUGGGUGCACUUCAUUAUUCUCUUGUUGGAGAAAGGGCUCUUUUCAGGGUCAAAUACCAAAUCCAAAGGAGAUGGAAGUCAUCAGUUUUGUGGUUCUCUUUGAUAUCAUUGCAUGCUAAGAAUGAUUCAGGAGAACCUUUGCGAUUAAAUUAUCGUUCUGGGUCAUGUUUUGUUGACAUUUCCAGCGCUGAUGACAGCAAGUGGGCACUAUGGAGAACUUUAUCUUGUGACUCUGAGAGUUAUAGUGGUGAUGUGGACUGGGAGCCUUGCAAUCAAUUGGUCAAAGAUACCUUUUACCUUGUAAAUAAGAAGAAUGAAUGUGCUGUUGCUUUCAUUGAUGGGGCACCAGAGUUUGUUAGAAAGCCAGGAAAUCCAUUCAAGUUCAAAUUGUUUGAUCACCUUUCUAUGACUCGCUACUCUGUAGUGUCAGAUGGUUAUUCUCGAGAUGCCUCUGGUACUAAUCUGUAUCAUAUUGAACGUGAUGAUGAAGGGAAGACUUCUGGGAAGAGUGGGGGUCUUCCUUGUAUUGAUAUUACAGUUGACAAAAUUUCUCUGACAAUUGUCCAUGAACUUUUAGAUACAAAGGACAGGCUCCCACUACUUUGUGGUUGCAUUAGUGAUACCCAACUAACUGUACAAAUUCUACCUACUAAAGCCAGGGUUAUAAACACAUCAAGGGCUUUGUUGUCUUACUUUGAUGGCCAAAGAAGUUUAUGGAGAGAACUUGUUCAACCCGUUGAAGUAUGUGUUUACUAUCGUUCUAGUUCUGAAAUUCAGGGUUCAGAAAAUUUUGCACAUAAAGUGCCUCUUCAUAUAUAUUGCAGAACUGAGAUCAAUAUAUUUCUAACUGAGCUUUCAUUGGACAUUCUUCUGUUUGCUAUUGGAAAAUUAAAUCUGGCUGGUCCUUAUAUAAUCAGAAGCUCUCGGAUUUUUACCAACUUUUGCAAGGUGGAGAAUCAGUCAGGUUUAAACCUUCAAUGUCUAUUUUACAAUCAGCAAAGUGUGAUAGUAGGUAGAAAACAGUCUGCUUCCAUUUUCUUGAGGCACUCAACUUUAGCAAAUCAGCCUCCAGAUAUUGCAUCGGUUGUUUCAAUCCAACUUUUUGCGCCUGGAUCUAUUACAACGUCUUCGAUUAAUCUUUCCCUUUUAGAAGCUCAGUCAUUUGCUUGGAGAACUAGAAUAAUGUCAGCCCAAGAUUCAAGAACUUACCCUGGGCCAUUUCUUGUGGUAGACAUUUCAAGGAAAUCUGAGGAUGGCCUGUCAAUUGUGGUUUCUCCUCUGAUAAGAAUACAUAAUGAAACGGGAUUCUCUAUGGAGCUACGUUUUCGACGAACUCAAGAAAAUGAAGAUCAAUUUGCAUCUGUUUUGUUGAAGCCAGGAGAAGCCAUUGAUGACUCCAUGGCUAUGUUUGAUGCUAUAAAUUUGUCUGGUGGGUUGAAGAAGGCAUUGACAUCUUUAAGUGUUGGAAACUUCUUGUUCUCUUUUAGACCUGAAAAUCCAGAUAGCUUGAUGAGCUCAAAGAGUGUACUUUCAGCAGAAUGGUCAGAUGAGCUCAAAGGUGGAAAGGCUGUUCAUCUCUCUGGUAUAUUUGAUAAAUUAAGCUAUGAAGUCAGAAAGGCUUUAGCUGUUGAAUCAGAGAAAUAUUCCUUUAGCACUGCACAUUGUGCUCUCAAAUCAGAUGAUGUGCAUGUUUCAAACAUGCAUUUUCUAAUUGAAAGCAUACGAAGAAAUGUGCCUAUUAUAGAUCCUGAUAAAUAUGGUGAUCGGGUUGAGAAUAGAAAUUUGCCUACCGCAUUACAAGAGCAGAAGGAAAUCUUUCUUCUACCUACCAUGCAGGUGUCCAAUCUAUUGCAUUUGGAGAUACAAGUGCUUUUGACUGAGACUGAUUUGUCAUCCAUUAGUAGCUCUGGAAACAUUGGGAAGCAGGCGACUAUACCAUGUGGAUCAACAGCCGAUUUUUAUGUUAAUCCUGCCAUAAUGUACUUCACUGUUACUUUAACUGCUUUUAAAUCAAAGUGCAAACCGGUAAACAGCAGUGAUUGGGUAAAGAAGUUAGUUAAGCAUAAGAACGAGGUGCAUUGUUUGGACAUUGAUCUGGAUUUUGGUGGUGGAAAGUAUUUUGCUUCCUUAAGAUUGUCUCGUGGGCAGAGAGGCAUAUUGGAGGCUGUUAUUUUUUCAGCCUACACCAUUAAGAAUGAAACCGAUGUUUCACUAUUUCUCUAUGCUCCUACUCAGAAGCCUUUAUCAAGAUGUGAGGUUGAGAAAUUUGGUUUCAUCAUUCCUCCUGAGAUGGGAUUAUCUUUGGCCCCUAAGUUAACCGCAUCAUGGCUUUUAAGAUCCCACAAAGUUAGGUUCAAAUUGUUUGAAGAUCAUUCAUCUGAGGUACUGUUAGACUUGGAUGCAUUAUCAGGUCUUACAGAGAUAAACUUGGAAGUAGAGGAAAUAUCUGGAGUCAAGCAUAUCAGCAGAUUUGGAGUGUCUAUGGGACCGUCUUCAAGUAAAGUGCUUGUUCCAUCACAAACAGCAACUAUUGUCCCAAGACAUGUUGUUGUUAAUGAGACAGAACAUACUAUUAUUGUUCAACAGUGUUAUUUGGAGGAUGACAUGGCAGGCAUGUUUCACAUCAGUAGCAAACAAAGAACAACAUUACAGUUGCGUGAUGGAGUCAACAAGAAGAGAGAAUUCAGUUUAUUUGAGAAUAUUAUCAGAAAACACAGAAAUGGUAAUGAUAAAUCAAUGGUGUUUAUCCAGUUUCGACUGGCUGAAUCUGAAUUGGGUUGGUCAGGGCCAUUAUGCAUAUCUUCACUGGGACGCUUUUUCCUAAAAUUUAGAAAACAAUCUGGUCAAGUGACAGAACCAGACAACAAUGUAACAGAAUUUGCUAGUGUUCAUGUGGCAGAAGAAGGGUCUACUCUUGUUGUGCACUUUCACAGACCACCAAUUGCCAAUCUACCAUAUCGGAUCGAGAACUGCUUGAAUUGUGCAUCUAUUACUUACUAUCAGAAGGAUUCUUCAGAGCCAGAAGUUCUUGGAUCUGGAUGCAGUGUUGAUUAUGUCUGGGAUGAUUUGACUCUUCCUCAUAAGUUAGUUGUUCUAAUCAACGAUACACAUACAUUGCGUGAAAUUAACUUGGACAAGGUGCGGCCAUGGAAACCCUUUUACAAAGUUAAGCAGCAUAGAGGAUUGGCAUCUCAUUUACUUGUGGGAAAAAAAAUGGGAGACCGUAUAGCUAGUUUUGGUGAAUUAAAUGGAAUAGAGAUGAGAAAGGUGGGAUAUGAAAUAUGCGCAGAUGGUCCUACACGGGUUUUACGGAUAUGCGAGUUUUCAAAUGACCAUAGGGGUGACAGAUUAUCUCAGUUCUGUGCCAAGAUUCAGCUAAGAAUAUCCCAUUUUGCGAUCCACUUGCUUGAACAUCGAAAGCAGGACUUAGAUGAGGUUGAUGCGACAUUUUAUACACCAAUCUUGGUUGCAAGGCUUGCGAAUAUAAAUCUGGAUUCUAUUUUUACUGAUAGGCAGAAAUAUAACCAGAUUUCUGUGCAGUCAUUGAAUGUUGAACACAAGUGGGUUGGAGCUCCUUUUGCUGCAAUGAUUCGGAGACAUGAAUUGGAUAAUAGUGACUCAAAUGAAUGUGUUCUCAAAAUUGUGUGUGUCCUGCUUUCAACUGGCUCCAAUGUUCAGCAAGUUAAAUACUCAUCAAUUGUUCUGCAGCCUGUUGAUUUGAACCUUGAUGAGGAGACAUUAAUGAGAAUUGUCUCAUUUUGGAGAACAUCAGUCGCUGACUCAAAUACUAAGAGUCGGCAGUUUUACUUUGAUCAUUUUGAGAUUCACCCAAUAAAGAUCAUUGCUAACUUUCUUCCUGGGGACUCUUAUUCAAGUUAUAACUCAGCUCAGGAGACCCUUAGGUCAUUACUGCAUAGUGUAGUAAAGGUACCCUCCAUUAGAAAUAUUGUUGUAGAGCUGAAUGGCAUCCUGGUUACUCAUGCUUUGAUUACAGCACGUGAAUUAUUUAGUAAAUGUGCACAACAUUAUUUAUGGUAUGUCAUGAGGUCGAUCUACAUUGCUAAAGGAAGCCCACUGCUUCCACCGGCUUUCUCUUCUAUUUUUGAUGACUUGGCUUCAUCUUCUUUAGAUGUCUUCUUUGACCCUUCCCAUGGAUUGAUGAAUCUUCCAGGUUUCACAUUAGGUACCUUCAAAUUCAUUAGUAAAUGUAUUUAUGGCAAAGAUUUCUCGGGGACAAAACGCUACUUUGGUGAUCUGGGAAAAACUUUGAGAACAGCUGGAUCUAAUGUACUAUUUGCUGCUAUCGCUGAAAUAUCAGACUCUGUACUGAAGGGUGCAGAAACAAGUGGUUUUGAUGGACUGGUAAGUGGAUUUCACCAAGGUCUACUGAAAUUGGCAAUGGAGCCAUCAUUGUUGGGGACUGCUUUGAUGGGAGGUGGCCCAGAUCGAAACAUCAAGCUGGAUCGAACACCUGGGAUUGAUGAGUUAUAUAUUGAAGGAUACCUGCAGGCUAUGUUGGAUACGAUGUAUAGACAAGAAUAUCUUAGAGUCAGAGUCAUUGACAAUCAGGUUUUCCUUAAAAACCUUCCUCCAAACAAUACCCUCAUAGAUGAGAUCAUGGACCGUGUGAAGGGAUUCCUUGAGAGCAAAGCAUUGUUAAAGGGAGAUCCUUCAAAAACUUCUCAAUCGUUACGGCAUCUCCGAGGAGAGAGUGAAUGGAAGAUAGGACCCACGGUGUUGACAUUGUGCGAGCACCUCUUUGUGAGCUUUGCAAUUCGCCUGCUAAGAAGGCAAGCUGAUAAGCUUAUCAGUAGCAUCAAGUGGAAUAAAGGGACCAAGGCUGACGAUCUUAAGGCAAUUGUCCCUGCACAGCAAUCGGCCAAAGGGGAGAAUUAUAUGAAGUUCAUUUGGAAAUGGGGAUUCGGGAAAUUUGUGUUUUCAGGCAUUAUAGCUUAUAUUGAUGGGAGGUUGUGCCGUGGUAUCCCUAAUCCAGUAGCACGACGUAUCGUGGGUGGCUUUUUAUUGAGUUUUCUUGACCGAAGUGAGAACCAGUGAACUAUUUUCAUGUAUCUUUGUCCUCUGUUUAUGUACAGUUUGAGACACAAAUGAGCUAGCUUGGUUGCACUGGUAUAAAUGUAUAUAUUCGGAAAUCUUGGUGCAUUAGAACUGCAUUUUAUGUAAUUUGUUAUACAAAACUGUUUUGUAUAGAUUUAUUGAACAAGGAAUAUAUAUCAGGCUAGGCAGCAAA